CCCAUCCAACCCAUUCGACCCCCGGCCCGGCGCCGCCUUGGCCCUUGGCACUUGGCAGCACAUGGCCCACGGUCCCAAAGCAUCGUUCCCCCAGGGCCCUUGUCCAGGGCUUGAGAUCCAGUCUCGUCAACCUGCUACACAGCUCUCGCCGGGGGAGGGCAGACUGCUGGAUCCAUCCAUCGUUCCGUGCUCCGUCGCUUUCGCGCUCGUCGCUCGCCUCAUGUCGUAUUCUCGUACACAGCCCGCCAACGCUCGCUGCUCUCGGUGAAU